CGAAGCAAGCUCUCUUUCCCCCACAUAUCUUAUUAUCUCAACAUUUUCUUCUUACUUCAUAAAGAGAGAGACUGUGUCUUUGUGUCUUUCAUGGGCGUGGAGAGAGAGACAAAGAGAUAAAGCAAACUUCUUUCUUCCAUUUGGGAGAAUAACAAAAAAAAAAAAAAAGAAGAAAAAUUGCAUUUUCAGCAAUCACCAUUGUAGCUAGUCACGACAACAAGUAUUCAGACACUGUUAAGAGCUCAGUUUUAACUAAAUUCUGGAGACUGAUGGGAAAAAAAUUCGAAUUCUGAUCAAUGCUGGAUCGGCUAUUUCGUUUCAUUUGAUCAUCGUAUGAACCGAUUCACAUUUUGCUCUAAUAAGAAAGAGGCUUUCACGUGUGUCCUUGUGUGAGACAAUGAGGGCUGAUACUGUUCUUGACUAUGCUGUGUUUGAGCUUUCCCCCAAAAGUUCUCGAUGUGAGCUGUUUGUAUGGAGUAAUGAAGAAAAAGAGAAACUGGCUUCAGGAUUGGUAGAACCGUUUCUGAAUCAUUUGAGCCUUCUUGAAUCACUGAGAACUGAAUACUCUAUUAGACUGGAAUUAGAUAAAAGCAAAAAUGGUUGGUUCACAAAAAGAACACUUGAAAGAUUUGUUCAGUAUGUUAAUAGUCCAGAAUUGUUGGAAAGUGUCAAUACAUUUGAUUUGGAGAUGUCACAGUUGGAAGCAGCUCAGACAUUAUAUUCUCAAGAAGAUGGAGGCGUAGCAGAUGCAACAAAGAAAGAGCUCUCAAGAGCUAUAGAUUUGAGACUCGAGGCAAUCAAAAAGGACUUAACCACCGCGAUUGCUCAUGCGUCAGCUAAUGGAUUUGACCUUCAAACUGUUUCUCAUCUCCAGCAUUUUGCUGAUAGAUUUGGCGCACAUCAUUUAGAUGAAGCAUGCGGCAAAUACAUUUCAUUAUCGCAAAGAAGACCAGACAUGAUCACCAAGAACUUGAAUACGCAAACAUCAGUCAGUGAAACACAUAUCAGUCCCCAUCAAAGUACUAAGAACAACACAAAGGAUGAAGAGGAGAAACAAGAUGAAAGUUUGGAAGAAUCUUCUACUGUUAGGACCAUUCAUCAUACAAGGAGGCUUAGCGUACAAGAUAAGAUUAACCUCUUUGAGAGCAAACAGAAGGAAAACUCAAACUCUGCCGGAAACAAACCGGUAGUUGUUGUAAAAUCCACAGAAUUGAAGAGACUUUCCUCUGAUGUUUCAUCAUCAGCUGCUCCUGCAUUCCCUGAGAAGUCUGUUUUGAGAAGAUGGAGUAUCGUUAGUGACAUGAGCUUUGAUUUUACAACGGAUAAUAAGAAGUCUGACAGUGGAAGCACCGAAGAAGGUCUUUUGAGUACACCUUCGUCCAUUCCUGAUUCCACAUUCCCCAAGGAGUCUGAAGAGAACAGUAAAAAGGAAGACGAUGAUGUGCGUUCUAGUAAAUCUGAUGAUUUUCAAAACCAGACUGAGAGGCCAGGAAACGUCAGGAGUGAUGGAAACUCCAUGCAUAGAGAAGAGGAGAGCUAUGCAUCCAAAUCACAGAAUGUGGCACAAUCAUCAGUCAUGUUUCCUUAUAGACAUUCGCGUUCUCGGUCGGCUCAUAUAGCAGAUGGUAUUGAUAUCAAAUGUGAUGAGCGUCAAUCAAAAGGCAGGAAGAAAGAACUGUUUCCAUCAGAUAAGCAACCAGCCUUAAAAACUUCUACAAAAGCAGUUCCUGCAGGGUCUGAACAGAGACAAAAAUCAUUUGGAGUGGGGGAUGAUCUUGAGGUUAGUCUUGUAAAUGCAGAUUCAGCUGGGAAGAGUUACAAUCCUAGAGUUCGUGCGACAUCUGUGGAUCAAACACAGAGGACAAGAAUGUCUAAAAGCCCUCCAGGAUUUAAUGAUGAGUUGCAAAUGAAGGCAAAUGAGCUUGAAAAGGUUCUUCCUGGGGAUCAAUCAGCUGGUGACGAUAAAGACCACAGGAAUGUUGCAAUGCGACGGAACUUAUCUGAUUUAAGAUUUUCAGAUGAUUCUAAAGGAAAAUUGUAUGAAGAGUAUAUGAAGAAAAGGGAUGCAAAACUAAGAGAAGAAUGGAGCUCUAAAGAAACUAAACUGAAGUCAAUGCAAGAAGCGCUUGACCGAAGUAGAAACGAGAUAAAGGCUAAGUUUUCUACUGCUUCCGCAAAGAGGCAAGAUUCAAUAUCAAGUACCCGCCAACGUGCAGAGAAGUUCAGAUCUUUUAAUUCUCGGACAAGUACAAAAAAGUAUCAGCAUCAUAUAAGCUCAUUACAGAGUGAAGAAGAAAAAGAAAAAGAUAAGCCAGUAAGUGGACAGCCCAUUGGAAAAAGUGCUUCUAGGAGCUCCCAAGUAAGAAAGGGUCCAUCACCAAACCGAAGCUCCAGAGUCUCAAAACCUCCAGGUAAAGUUUCAAACACAAACAUUAAUACUUCCGGGAGAGGGAGAAAAACAGCAGACAUAAACCUGGUUGCACAAUCUUCUCUCCCUAAAUUCUCUGAUCUUAAAAAGGAAAACACAAAACCAUCUACAUUAGCUGGUAAAAAUACUACUACUACCAUGACGCGAACACAGGUGAGAAGUAGUAAUAAGAAGACUUCAAAGGAAGAUAUACCGUCUCCUGUAAUGCCCCGAAGACCACGAUCACUAAGGAAAAGCUUUUCUGCAAACAUAGAAUUCACAGAAUUGACAACUCUGUACUCGGAUGAUAUGAUGAACAAAGAGAGGAAUCAGAAGCAGAACACAGACAUUGAUGAUGUAUCAGAGAAUUUGAAAAAUGAAGAAUUUGAUGACAGUGACUCCGAGGCAGAAGAAGAAGAAAUUGAAGUUUUGGAGAAUCCUGUCAAAGAAGAAGAAGAAGCUAGAGAAAUGGAGACUCUAGUAGUUGAGGAUAUUGGUGAUGAAACGCCUCCACUUACUGAAAUAGUUGAGAACUCAUCAGAGGAUGAAAAUUUCACUUCUUUGAGAUCAGGUUCUCAUACAGACUUACCUGCGAAUACUCUACCUUGUUCAACAUUGCAGCAUAAUGUUGCUUCGUUAUUGGAUUCACCUAGUGAGAGUCCUCUUUCAUGGAGCUCAAACUUGCAACACGCGUUCUCUUAUCCAAACGAGCACUCGGAUAUUGAUGCGUCAGUGGAUGAUUCUCCCAUGGGAAGUCCAGCUUCUUGGAGUUCAAGAAUGAGAAGGAAAUGGGGCACAACAGCUCAGAGUCCUGUUAUUGUUCCUAACUCUCGGAAGGAUUUAACGAAAGGGAUCAAACGUUUUCUCAAGUUUGGGAAGAAAACACGUGCUGCGGAUAGUCUAAUGGAUUGGGUUUCUGUAACAACAUCUGAAGGAGACGAUGAUUUUGCUUAUCGAUCAUCGGAUGAGUUAGGAAAAUCAAGAAUGGCAUCUUCUCAGAAUCAGUUUUCUGAGGAUGAACAAGCUUCCAACAAUUUGAUUCAGCCGCAACAUCAUCAAGGGAGCUUUAAAGUGAAAGAUGGUGAAUUUAAGCGAUCAUUCUUCUCACUUUCUACAUUCCGGAGCAAAGGAAACGACUCGAAGCCAAGAUAGCAGAAGAGCAGAACUGAACUCUCUAUGUUUUCCUUUACACAACACCACACGUACAAAGUUUGUAGUGUUGAAAGAGAACUACUUGAUUUGAUUUUUAGUAUCUAAACGAGAUCAACAUUAUUUUGAUAAUUAAGAACUUCAAAUUAAAUAUACAUAUAUCCGAGUUGUAUGGCA